AUGACCGACCCAUACGAUCGGCCGGGAGGCCCUGAGCUGCCGGCCAAUAGCCUCUUACGGGGCUCACGGCCGCCUUCUCCACGGGAAGCGGAAACUAUCGAGCUCGAUGAAAUUCAAACACACGAGGACAACGAGCAGAUGAAUUACUCCUCUCCAUCCGUGUCCUCCGGAGAGGAGUACCGGAUGACCAGGGUAACGUCUCGGUCGACGGUGCGCCGCCGCUCCGAGAGAAAUGGAGCUUGGAGUAAGGUCUGUCGCUUCUGGAGACAUAAUGUCACCCUGACGGUACCCCAGAAAAGCAAUCGUGAUCACCUUGCGCUCGAACGAACCUUCCUCGCCUACAUCCGCACCUCUGUGACUAUCGCCAUGCAAGGGGUUCUGAUUGCGCAGCUGUUCCGCCUGCAGCGACCGACCACCCCGGAAGAUCGUCUGCGAUUCUACGAGGUCGGCAUUCCACUCUCCGUAGCUUGCCACUGUGUAGCGCUUCUGGUGGCCCUGAUCGGGGCAUAUCGAUUCUGGCGGCAGCAGAGUGCGAUUUCAGUGGGAAAGGUUCAUGCUGGCGGCUGGGAGCUCAAUUCAGUGGGAAUAUUACUCUUCUUAUUGAUUUUGGCGACUCUCGUUCUUUCUGUUGUGAUCAUCAUCGAAAUUGACUUGCAAUCGGGAACACUCAUGCGACGAAGGUUCUAA